AUGUCUUCCUCUCCUGGCAUCAAGUCUCGGGAGCAUGUGGACAUGGUGUACAUCUCCAUUGAGACAGCUAUUGCCCUGGCCUCUGUGCUGGGGAAUGUGCUGGUAGUGGUGGUAGUGUGUGUGAACCGGGCUCUCCGCAAUACCACCUUCUGCUUCAUCGUGUCUCUGGCCGUGGCUGACAUCGCCGUGGGAGUCUUGGUCAUCCCUCUGGCUAUUAUCAUCAGUCUGGGAUUUAGCACUCAGUUCUACACCUGCCUCUUCCUCUCCUGCCUUCUGCUGAUCAUCACCCAGAGCUCCAUCCUUUCCCUGCUGGCUAUCGCCAUUGACCGAUAUCUCAGAGUCAAGAUUCCCACCAGGUACAGCAUCAUAGUGACCCAGGGGAGGGCAUAUGUGGCAGUUUGUCUCUGUUGGAUCCUCUCCUUCCUCACUGGAUUGGUUCCAAUGAUUGGCUGGAAUAACCGUGAUGCCCAAGCAAACCGCAGCAGUUCCAGCGAGAUUGUCUGCAAAUUCACCACUGUCAUAAGGAUGGACUACAUGGUGUACUUCAAUUUCUUUGGCUGGGUGGUGGUACCGCUGACCAUAAUGAUCGCUCUGUAUGCAGAGAUCUUUAGGGUGAUCCGGCGGCAGCUGAACCGACGCGCUGAGGCCACUUGUGAUGGGGACAGGUACUAUCGGAAGGAGCUGAAGCUGGCCAAAUCACUGGCCUUGGUGGUCUUCCUCUUUGCUGUGUGUUGGCUGCCGAUACACAUUAUAAACUGCAUCGACUUCUUCUGCUCAAAGUGCUACUUACCAAAGUUUGCCACAUAUAUAGGGAUUUUCAUGUCCCAUGUGAACUCAGCCCUCAACCCAUUGGUUUAUGCAUUCAGGAUAAAGCGGUUCCGUGUCACGCUGGUCCAGAUCACUCGCCGCUGCAUGUUAUGUAAAUCCACAGAGCCCACCCCAUGCCCCACCAGUACGCCAGCCAUAACGGAGAAAGUGGAUGCCAACUUGUAA